GAGAGAGAGAGCGAGCGGUGCUGUGUCUCAGGCUCUCUCGCCCUCUCUGUCAAAGUGAAACUUUCUGUCCUUCACUUUGUUUCCUCGUCGACAUUUUGGGACUAAAACACUUCAGCAGUGACAGACGAGAAGAUUUAAAGUCACUCAGGAUGACUGAAGCUCAGUUCAUCGCCUACGACAAUGAUCUGCAGAUGAAUUUGAUGCAGUACGACUACAUUCCUCCAGUGGACAUAAAGACUGAACCCUACAUACCUGAGACAGCUCACGGUCCCUACAUUCAAAUCAUCGAGGAGCCCAAACAGAGGGGCUUUCGCUUCCGUUAUGAGUGUGAGGGUCCGUCCCACGGCGGGCUCCCGGGGGCCUCCAGCGAGAAGAACCGGAGAACCUACCCGACCGUGAAGAUCAAUAACUACAUGGGUCACGCCCGGGUGGAGGUCCAGCUGGUGACCCACUCUGACCCCCCUCGCGUUCACGCUCACAGUCUGGUCGGACGUCACUGCACCGAGAACGGAACCUGCACGCUGGACAUCGGCCCCAACGACCUCACCGCCUCCUUCAGUAAUCUGGGGAUCCUCCACGUGACCAAGAAAGGGGUGGUGGAGGUGCUGAGCCGGAGGCUGAGAGAGGAGAGGAAGAGACAGAAAGGUGCUCACUGUCACCUGACAGAUGCAGAGGAACACUCCAUCCUGAAGGAGGCCAAGGAGCUGGGGAAGGUGAUGGAUCUGAACAUCGUCAGGUUGAGGUUCACCGCCUACCUGCAGGACAGCAACGGAGGAUUCACCAGAGCGCUGAAACCCGUCGUGUCCAACCCCAUCUACGACAGCAAGUCACCGAACGCCUCCAACCUGAAGAUCUCUCGGAUGGAUAAGACGUGCGGCUCGGUGCUCGGAGGAGACGAGAUCUUCCUGCUCUGCGACAAAGUCCAGAAAGACGACAUCGAGAUCCGUUUUUAUGAGGAAGACGAUGAAGGUGGCUGGGAGGCGUUCGGGGACUUCUCACCCACCGACGUUCACAAACAGUACGCCAUCGUGUUCAAAACGCCGCCCUAUCACAGCGCGGAGAUCGAGCGCCCCGUCACCGUCUUCCUGCAGCUGAAGAGGAAGAAGGCCGGCGACAGCAGCGAUCCCAAACAGUUCACCUACAUACCGCAGGUCCAAGACAAAGAGGAGGUGCUGAGGAAGAAGCAGAAGCCGCUGCCUCACUAUGAACCCUGGAGAGGAGGAGGAGGAGGAGGAGGAGGAAGAGGUGGAGGAGCCGGGGGAUUUGGAGGAGCUGGAGGAGGAGGAGGAUUCCAGUUCACCCAGCAGAUGAAUGGAGCAGGAGGAGGAGGAGGAACGUUCUUCACAGGAGGCUUCACAGGCUUCAGCGGAGGGGGAGGGGCUCAGAUGUCAGGCUCCACCCCUCAGACCGGGGUUACCCAGCAACUGACAGACAGGCGGGCGGGCGGACAAACAACAGGACAGACCGGAGGACAGACCGGAGGACAGACAGGAGGACAGACCGGCUCACCACUACAACAGCAGCUGUUUCAGAUAGCUGCUGCCCUCCACAGCCGAGCCUCUCAGAGCGCCAGACAGACGGCCGCUGCCCUGCUGCAGUACUGCAGCACCGGGGACACCCGGGUCCUUCUGGCAGUCCAGAGACACCUCUGUGGUGUCCAGGACGGAAACGGAGACACUCCUUUGCACCUGGCCAUCAUCCAUCAGCAGACAGGUGUGAUCCAGCAACUUAUCCACACUCUUCUGAACAGCCAGCAGCAAAACAUCCUCAACACAGCCAACCACCUCCGACAGACUCCUCUCCACCUGGCAGUGAUCACCCGGCAGGUGAAGGUGGUGGAGGUGUUGCUGAGGGCGGGAGCCGACCCCAGCCUGCUGGACAAAGAUGGCCGUAGUCCCAUCCACCUGGCAGCGCUGGCCGGAGACAACGCCACACUCCGCGCCCUGCUGGCUCACCUGGGAGAACGCCACGCCCACCUGGUGAACACCCCUGACUACCACGGCCUUCAUCCUCUCCACCUGGCCGUGAGGAGGGACGGUGAGCGCUGCCUCCGUUUGCUGGUGGAGGGCGGAGCCAAAAUCAACGCACCUGAGCAGAAGAGUGGAAACACCGCCCUCCACCUGGCUGUCAGAGAAAACCUGUUCAAGGUGGCCUGCACUCUCAUCACAGAGCUGAAGGCGGAUGUUAACGCGUGCACGUUCGGAGGAAACACACCUCUGCACCUGGCGGCCAGUCUGGGCUCACCGCCUCUCUGCUCCGUGCUCGUCGCUGCAGGUGCCGAUAAGAACAUGGAGAACGACGAGCCGCUCUUCUUCAGCUCCUCUUCAGAUGAAGAGCAGGACGAAGAUGAACCGAUCAGAGAGGAGGUCAAAGAGCAAGAGGCCGCCUCGCAGCCAGUAAACCCUCGCAAGAGGCACGCAGGAGGACACACCCCCCUGGACCUCGCCAAGUGCCAGAAGGUGAGGAACCUGUUAAUCUCCAGGCAGAGUCCCAAGUCGAGUCGUCACGGCAGUAAGAAGAUGAAGCCGAGCAGCUGUGAAGAGGUGGAGGCUUCGGGGCUGGACGAGGACACUCUGUCCCGGCUGGUGGAGGUGUUGAGCGUCGAAGACGUCCCCUGGAGGAAACUGGCGGAGAAGCUGGGGAUGAUGACGCUGACUCACCUGUACGUGGACAGUCCGACGCCCUGCCAGCACCUGCUGCAGCUCUACAAGCUGGGUGGAGGUCCAGUGAAAGGUCUGGUCGAAGCUCUUCAGUCUCUCGGUCUGACGGAAGGAGUCCGACUGCUGAGAAACACCGAGCUCCAAGACGACAAACACAGCACAGACGCCACGGUUGACAGUGGUUUCGGCAGCCAGCCAAUGGAAGAAGAGGAGCCGCCUGUGGCCAAUCAGUGACAUCCCUCUGGAGCAGCUUCAGUCAUCUCACCCGGGACCCUGCAGGAACCAGGACUCUGCAGAACCAGGACCCUGCAGGAACCAGGACUCUGCAGAACUGGACUUGAAUUUGCAGCCUGUCGGUCUGCUGGAUGUUUGAAUGUGACGUUUGUUUACCUGCAGAGGAGACGCGUGCUGCGCUCCGGACCGACUCCAACUUUGUAAAUUAAGUUUAAAAUGAACGAUCCCACCGUGAGUCUUCAUCAAACAUGAGGCUUUGUUCUUUUUUAGUUCAGAAAAUUUGCCUCUUUUAAACUUGGUUGAAUUUUUGAUUAAUUUAUAUUUUGUUUUUGCGUCAGUGUGUUUCUGAGCGUUGUGAGCAGCAGGUUUGAUCUGUCGAACGUUUUUUUAUUCAUUACAGAAAGUGAAAGUGGGCUGAGGUGUGAUCGAGGAUGAACGUUAGCUGUAAAUCUGAUUCGCGUUCACAUCGUGUCUGUUUUCUGUUGACUCGACAUCUGGUAACAGCUCAUCUGUUCUUUCAUCCGGUCUGGAACGCAGCACGUCUCACCUGUCUCACCUGUGAGCAGUGACAUCAUCAGACCGGGUUUACAUGAGUUUAAAUGUUACUCACCUGUUUCUCUGUUUCUCAAAACUUUAAUCUUUCUAUUCAGUAAAUAGGAGGCGUUUUAUGGAAGCCCAGUGGUGCCAGGACGUAAAAAAGAUUUUCAAUGUUAUCAAUGUCAAAAAUAAAAAACUAAUAUCGUACGUAAAAACUAUGACGAGUUGAUUUAAAUUGUGAUUAUCAGAUCAUUUUGACUCAAAGAGUCAAAGUAUUUAAGUCAAAAUGAGUCUAAAUGUGGGAUUUUUAUGUCAAAACGAUAAUAUAUGGAGUCAAAGUAACAGUCAAAAUCAUUAUUGACACUAAGUCAACAUUAAGACAAAAUACUUUUUACUUCAGAAUUAUAAAACAAACGCAGUUAAAUGAAAGUUGUUUUUACUGUUUGAAGAUUUUUUACACUAAAAAUUAUGACUUAAAUUCUGUUUUUCAAAAAAUCUAAAUGUCAGAUUUUAAAUCAAAAGUUUCAGUGAAGUCACGGUGACGGAGCAAAGGAAACACUUUAACUCUAAUAAGUUUUUGUUUUGAAGAAAACUUAAAUAUUAAAGUUCUACGUUUUAAACGUCGUUCCUUCUGAAAAAUGAAAUUUAGUUUUGAACGAUAUCAGAAACGACUCUCGGGCUCAGACCGCGUCGAGCGUUUUAUUGAUGAGGAUCAAUCGUCCUUCCUCCGUUACUUUCAGACGUCGUGCCUUCAUGUUGUCGAAGUAGAAUCCAGUAGAGAGUGUGUGUUUUUACUAAUACUGUGUAUUCUGUGGUUUCUCUUCUGGAAAUAUUUAAUCAGCGUUGAACGAGACGUGAACGCUGCACUGUUAAGUUUCUGAAACUUUGAAUAAAAUGACUCAGAUCUUUGA